AUGGCUGACAUCUUCUACACAGUUCCUCAGGCCUAUAACAUAUCGCGGGAUCAGCUAUUCUUGGUGUGGCUGUUCCCCGCUCAUGGAGAAUCCCCGGGUGGCGUGAACCUAGCUGGCCUGUCGCCAUAUGCAGACAACAACGUCGCCUUGUACGGCGACACUGUCGCUAGUGUGCCCAUGGAGGAUUUCGAAGCUAUCCACGAUCUGCGCCGACGUGGGACCGACCUCGACAUAAGGGACCUUGCUGAUAGGCUGCUUGAGAUCACAUACGGUACGGACCAGCUAGUGCCCCAGGUACCGGUGUCACUGUUCGUGGCAUCGCGCCGGAUGGAAGGUUUCCCUGUGGACCUGGUGCCCAGAUACCGAACCGCCUUGGCGAAUAUUGCCGGCCCUAAUGAACAGGAGCCUGUUAGGGCACACACCGAUAGGGACAGUGAUUUGUACAAAUACUCGGUGUUGGCGUGGUGGAGAAAGUUCGGGGCAAACGACCCCCUGUUACAUCAGCAUAGCGACCUGGAUAGGCUAUUACGUGCCAUGUUGUACACCAUGACACCCUACGCAUGCACUAACCCAUUCCUGGCUUCCGACACUGACCCUUUAUACACGAGCGAGUCACGCAAUUUGCGCAUUGAUACUAUGCGAUGGGCGUUUCCUAUGUCCAGUGAGGUGUAUGCGGGUGUGGCCAGGAUUGACGUAGAGAUCGUGACCACGCGCGAGUUGCUGAGGGGGGAUACGCCAGAAGCUAAUACCCGGCGGCACCGCGUCAGGGACGGUAACACUGCCUUGAUAUACAUCCCAAAAGCGCUGGAGUGGACUAGGGGAUAA